UCUUAAAGUGCUGGGAUUACAGGCAUGAGCCACCGACCCGGCCUGUGGUGGUGGUUUUGUUGAACAUAUGUGUCUUGCUACCAGAUCGAGAGCUCCAGGUCAAAGCUGGGUUCUUGAUUCAUAGCUUCCUAAGGUCAAUUACCAAGUAAGUGCCAAGCACUAAAGUAUACCAUCUACAUAAGUAAAUUAAUAAUCAUGGCAACUCUAGAAGAUAGUGAAAAAAACCCUUGAUUGUCUUUGAACCAAGCAACUAAAAUAACAUGAUAAAAUGGAGACUGGGCUUUAAAUCAAUUUGGAGUUUGCCUGGUUUCGUAAUUCAUGGUUCCUCUCAUGUAACUAAUACAGAGUCCAGCUUCUGACAUUGUAGGAACUCAGUAGAGGUUGAACAAGGUACAGAUGUACACGAAUAGGUACCCUCUCAUAAGAUGGGCAAAUGGAGGCUCCUCUACCUUAACACUGUUCAUUUUUCCUCCAAAAUAAAUUGAUAACUAAAUUGAAGAGUAGAUACCAAACAGUAUCAUGAGACUUUACAACAUCACAGGUAAGUUUAGAUAUUCAGGCUACUUAGGUCAAUUAGACAUACAAAGUAAAUAACUAAAUGUUCUUGGGCUAGACGGAACCCUAAGUUCUAGCGCCACCACAAACUAGCACUGAAUGAAAUGUGUCAGUUUUGAAAAACGAGGUUUUUAUACAUUACACCACCUCUAAGGCACUUAACAACUCUAAUAUGCUUUAUCAGGGCCCACUGCAGCAAAAUUUGUUUUAUCGUAAAGCAGUAUUUUAUGCUAAAAUAAAAUAGUUCUAAAAGUUGUUCCCACCACUCUUUAUGAAUAACUUCUCACUUCUCCAUGGCGAAAGAGGACGGACCACAGCAAAAAUUCGGUGGAAACCAGCAGCUCCUGGAACAUAAAAACUGGGAUUGUUUUUAAUCUCUCCACCCUGAAUAUCUAGCACCAUUACUAUAUAAUAAUAGGUGCUCAAUAAAGGUUUGUUAAUAACUUUAUUUUUAAUCCUUAAACAGAUACUAGAAGAGUUCAUAGUUAAUUUCUGGUCAUGCAACUGUUGAAUUCUGUAUUGUAAAUUAUGUAUUGUUAUGUAUUAUUGCUCUAUUAAGAUAACUCAGACCACAGUAGCAAACAUCAUGAAAAAAAAAAAGAAAACAGCUCUAUAUAGUUUGCAAAAGCCUAUUUUUUUAAAGUUUAAAUGAAACAACCGACUUUUUGAGGUGGGAUGCCCUGUUCUCUCUUGGGAGAUUUCACAAUCAGCGAAAUAGUAUAGUUACCACUGUUUUACGUACAGAGAACAAGAAUUAGAGGCUAUCACUAGCCAGGGCACAAAGUGAUCUUAGGUCUCCCUCAAGACAAUAUCCACUGGCGUGCGGAUCAACUGCUUGCAAAGAGCAUCUGCUGCUGAGGUCAAUAGGAGCCGUGUGUACUCAAGACCCUAACCAGGAUGCUCCAGGUCCCGCCUCCCCUGCUCCGUGGGGCUGCCGGCCCUCCCACCUCCCUUCGCGAGCCUGGCUGCGCCGGCGUGCUAGAGGCCAGUGACGGCACGGCCUCGGGUCUGCCCUGCGCCUGCGCGGCCAGCGGCUGCCGGAACCGGCAUCUUCUGGCGCCAGCUUCCGGCUUAACAGCUGAGCCUCAGGCUUGACGUUAGGAAACCAUCAAGAUCUCAUUUUACAGCUGGGAUUCCCUGGUUCACAGAGGUAACGGAGCUUGCCCGAGGCCAGUUAAACGAGAAGAUUCAUCACCGCUUUGAUGGCUGCCUCACCAACUUCACAAACUGUUGCAUCUCACGUUCCUUUUGCAGAUUUGUGUUCAACUUUAGAACGAAUACAGAAAAGUAGAGGACGUGCAGAAAAAAUCAGACACUUCAGGGAAUUUUUAGAUUCUUGGAGAAAAUUUCAUGAUGCUCUUCAUAAGAACCAAAAAGAUGUCACAGACUCUUUUUAUCCAGCAAUGAGACUAAUUCUUCCUCAGCUAGAAAGAGAGAGAAUGGCCUAUGGAAUUAAAGAAACUAUGCUUGCUAAGCUUUAUAUUGAGUUGCUUAAUUUACCUAGAGAUGGAAAAGAUGCCCUCAAACUUUUAAACUACAGAACACCCACUGGAACUCAUGGAGAUGCUGGAGACUUUGCAUUGAUUGCAUAUUUUGUGUUGAAGCCAAGAUGUUUACAGAAAGGAAGUUUAACCAUACAGCAAGUAAACGACCUUUUAGACUCAGUUGCCAGCAAUAAUUCUGCUAAAAGAAAAGACCUGAUAAAAAAGAGCCUUCUUCAACUUAUAACUCAGAGUUCAGCCCUUGAGCAAAAGUGGCUUAUACGGAUGAUCAUAAAGGAUUUAAAGCUUGGUGUUAGUCAGCAAACUAUCUUUUCUGUUUUUCAUAAUGAUGCUGUUGAGUUGCAUAAUGUCACUACAGAUCUGGAAAAAGUCUGUAGGCAACUGCAUGAUCCUUCUGUAGGACUCAGUGAUAUUUCUAUCACUUUAUUUUCUGCCUUUAAACCAAUGCUAGCUGCUAUUGCAGAUAUUGAGCACAUUGAGAAGGAUAUGAAACAUCAGAGUUUCUACAUAGAAACCAAGCUAGAUGGUGAACGUAUGCAAAUGCACAAAGAUGGAGAUGUAUAUAAAUACUUCUCCCGAAAUGGAUAUAACUAUACUGAUCAGUUUGGUGCUUCUCCUACUGAAGGUUCUCUUACCCCAUUCAUUCAUAAUACAUUCAAAACAGAUAUACAAAUCUGUAUUCUUGAUGGUGAGAUGAUGGCCUAUAAUCCUAAUACACAAACUUUCAUGCAAAAGGGAAUUAAGUUUGAUAUUAAAAGAAUGGUAGAAGAUUCUGAUCUGCAAACUUGUUAUUGUGUGUUUGAUGUAUUGAUGGUUAAUAAUAAAAAGCUAGGGCAUGAGACUCUGAGAAAGAGGUAUGAAAUUCUUUGUAGUAUUUUUACACCAAUUCCAGGUAGAAUAGAAAUAGUGCAGAAAACACAAGCUCAUACUAAGAAUGAAGUAAUUGAUGCACUGAAUGAAGCAAUAGAUAAAAGAGAAGAGGGAAUCAUGAUAAAACAACCUCUAUCCAUCUACAAGCCAGACAAAAGAGGUGAAGGGUGGUUAAAAAUUAAACCAGAGUAUGUCACUGGACUAAUGGAUGAAUUGGACAUUUUAAUUGUUGGAGGAUAUUGGGGUAAAGGAUCACGGGGUGGAAUGAUGUCUCAUUUUUUGUGUGCAGUAGCAGAAAAGCCCCCUCCUGGUGAGAAGCCAUCUGUGUUUCAUACUCUCUCUCGUGUUGGCUCUGGCUGCACCAUGAAAGAACUGUAUGAUCUGGGUUUGAAACUGGCCAAGUAUUGGAAGCCUUUUCAUAAAAAAGCUCCACCAAGUAGCAUUUUAUGUGGAACAGAGAAGCCAGAAGUGUACAUUGAACCUUGUAAUUCUGUCAUUGUUCAGAUUAAGGCAGCAGAGAUCGUACCCAGUGAUAUGUAUAAAACUGGCUGCACCUUGCGUUUUCCACGAAUUGAGAAGAUAAGAGAAGACAAAGAGUGGCAUGAGUGCAUGACCCUGGACGACCUAGAACAACUUAGGGGGAAAGCAUCUGGUAAGCUCGCAUCUAAACACCUUUAUGUAGGUGGUGAUGAUGGACCACAAGAAAAAAAGCGAAAAGCUGCUCCAAAGAUGAAGAAAGUUAUUGGAAUUAUUGAGCACUUAAAAGCACCUAACCUUACUAACGUUAACAAAAUUUCUAAUAUAUUUGAAGAUGUGGAGUUUUGUGUUAUGAGUGGAACAGAUAGCCAGCCAAAGCCUGACCUGGAGAACAGAAUUGCAGAACUUGGUGGUUAUAUAGUGCAAAAUCCAGGCCCAGACACGUACUGUGUAAUUGCAGGGUCUAAGAACAUCAGAGUGAAAAACAUAAUUUUGUCAAAUAAACAUGAUGUUGUCAAGCCUGCAUGGCUUUUAGAAUGUUUUAAGACCAAAAGCUUUGUGCCAUGGCAGCCUCGCUUUAUGAUUCAUAUGUGCCCAUCAACCAAAGAACAUUUUGCCCGUGAAUAUGAUUGCUAUGGUGAUAGUUAUUUCGUUGAUACAGAUUUGAACCAACUGAAGGAAGUAUUCUCAGGAAUUAAAAAUUCUUACGAGCAGACUCCUGAAGAAAUGGCUUCUUUGAUUGCUGAUUUAGAAUAUCGAUAUUCCUGGGAUUGCUCUCCUCUCAGUAUGUUUCGACGCCACACCAUUUAUUUGGACUUGUAUGUUGUUAUUAAUGACCUGAGUACCAAAACUGAGGGGACAAGGUUAGCUAUUAAAGCCUUGGAGCUUCGGUUUCAUGGAGCAAAGGUAGUUUCUUGUUUAGCUGAGGGAGUGUCUCAUGUAAUCAUUGGGGAAGAUCAUAGUCGUGUUGCAGAUUUUAAAGCUUUUAGAAGAACUUUUAAGAGAAAGUUUAAAAUCUUAAAAGAAAGUUGGGUAACUGAUUCAAUAGAUAGGUGUGAAUUACAAGAAGAAAACCAGUAUUUGAUUUAAAGCUAGGUUUCCUAGUGAGGAAAGCCUCUGAUCUGACAGACUCAUUGCAGAAGGUGGUAAUGAUAAAAUACUAAACUACAUUUUAUUUUUGUAUCUUAAAAAUCUAUGCCUAAAAAGUAUCAUUAGAUAUAGGAAAACAAUAAUUUUAACUUUUAAGAUUGAAAAGACAAUAGCCCAAAACCAAGAAAGAAAAAUUAUCUUAAGAGUGUAGUAUUUGAUCAUUUUUUGUGAUUAAGGUGAAAUAAUUAAACAGUCUAAAGAAGAGGUGUUUUAUAAUAUCCAUAUAGAAAUAAGAAUUUUUACUUAAAGAUACUAAUAAGAUACAUUUAGAAACUUUUAACGUCAUGAAAAGCGUUAACCUUCUAAACAGUAUAUUCUAAAAAAUCAAAACUUUAAUAAUAGUUUUUAUCUAAUGAAAGCAUUGCAAGAAAAUGGGGUAGAAUUGUUAUAAUUGGACUUGUAAAAAUAUGUCUUUUUACUCAGGGUUUAAAAUGUCCCUUUUAAAUGUGAGAUGUAAACAAAUUUGUUUUUUAAGGUUAAGGCCAAAUGUAAUAAUAAAACCCUGUCAAUGAUGGUUUUAGCUAAAUUAGAAGAAGUUGUAUGAGACUUAAUGAUCUAAAAACUUAAAAUUGAAUUGGUUUGAUUAAAAAUAAAGCUUGCAAUUUUAAAAGUAUCUCACAUUUAAUUUCUUGCAUUAAAUAGAACAUGCUUUAAAGGAAGUGUUUUUAUGUGAAUUUGCAUUCCAGUAUAAAUAGUAUUCACAAAAAAGAGAUUUUUGUAGAUUUUAUCUAUUGAAUAGGUGUCAAUAUGGUAUGCACAUUGUAACUUUCAUUAGAAAUAAAUUGCUUUGACUUUUAAAAAUGACUUUUAUAGUUAGAUUAUUUAAAGUCAAUAUAUAGAGUAUAAUGUAUGGAUUUAUAUACCGAAUUUUGGAAUACAACCUAUCUCAUGACCAUAUUGAAAAGUAUGGAAUUUGAUCCAUGAGAUACUAUGUGUGCAUUAUUUGAAAGUAAUUGGAAAUUUUAUCCAAACCGUGGAACAAAUGUGUGUGAUUUUGUUAUACUUUUUAAUUUAAAUAAAAUGUUUAAUGUACUAUUAAAA